CAGAUGUCAAUCCAAACGCAGCGGCGCCAUUGAGUUUCAUUCUGCUGCCGCUGCGCCAUCAUCAUCACCAUCAUCAUCAUCGCCAGCCGGCCGCUCGCAGCAGUGAAUAAUAUCCGCUGUUCCCUGAUCGCCUGCUAUUCUUUACACCAUCACGGAUAUCUUUGUGAUUGGUUUGUGUACCAUGGAAGACAUCAAUACAGGACUUUAGGCUGUUAUCUGGGAUUCUCUUCUGAACACAAAGCAAUGUGGAGGAAAUAAGGCCCGUGCUGUGCUUUGAAUACAGAUCGUAGAGGAUGGGCUGUGCGCAAUGUAAGGACAAAGAGGCUGCUAAGUUAACCGAGGACCGGGACACCAGCUUGUCUCAGAGCGGAGUAGGUUAUCAGUAUGGUGUUGACCCCACACCACAGCCUUACCCCGGCUUCGUCCCUGGGGUCACCGCUAUUCCUGACUACAACUUCCAUAGUGCUGGGGUCAUUCAGGGCAUGACAGUCUUUGGAGGGGUCAGCACAUCCACACAGCAGGGAACGCUCCGCACACGAGGAGGCACAGGUGUGACUCUGUUUGUUGCUCUCUAUGACUAUGAGGCCCGUACAGAAGAUGAUCUCAGUUUCAGGAAAGGCGAGAAAUUUCAAAUCAUCAACAGCACUGAAGGUGAUUGGUGGGACGCACGUUCUCUCACUACAGGAGGAACCGGCUACAUUCCCAGCAAUUAUGUCGCCCCUGUGGACUCAAUCCAGGCUGAAGACUGGUAUUUUGGAAAGUUGGGCCGAAAAGAUGCAGAAAGGCAGCUUCUUUCCACAGGGAACCCACGUGGCACCUACCUGAUCCGUGAGAGCGAAACCACUAAAGGUGCCUUCUCUUUGUCUAUCCGGGACUGGGACGAUGUGAAGGGGGACCAUGUGAAACAUUAUAAAAUCCGUAAACUGGACAGUGGAGGAUAUUACAUCACCACUAGAGCUCAGUUUGAGACGCUUCAACAGCUGGUCCAGCAUUACAUGGAGCGCGCAGCGGGGCUUUGCUGUCGUUUGGUCGUCCCUUGCCACAAAGGGAUGCCAAGGCUCACUGACCUGUCUGUCAAAACCAAAGACGUGUGGGAGAUUCCACGGGAGUCGCUGCAACUCAUUAAGCGCUUAGGCAACGGCCAGUUUGGGGAGGUUUGGAUGGAGAGUGCAGAUGGUUUGUGCUUUAAUUUAACGGGUGUGUGCAUGGUCUACAUCCCUGAUACGGUGGGACUUAGCCAUGACUCCUGGGAAAUCGCACGCGAGUCUCUGAUGCUGGACAGGAAGCUGGGGGCCGGGUGUUUCGCUGAUGUUUGGUGUGGCACAUGGAAUGGCAACACUAACGUGGCUGUGAAGACCCUCAAGCCGGGAACCAUGUCUCCAGAGUCCUUCCUGGAGGAAGCGCAGAUCAUGAAGAAAUUACGCCAUGAUAAACUAGUGCAGCUCUAUGCUGUCGUUUCUGAGGAGCCCAUCUACAUCGUCACUGAGUACAUGGGAAAAGGAAGUCUUCUAGAUUUUCUGAAGGGCGAGGAGGGACGGGCACUCAAGCUGCCCAACCUCGUUGACAUGGCUGCCCAGGUGGCUGCAGGUAUGGCCUACAUCGAGCGAAUGAACUACAUUCACAGAGAUUUGCGCUCUGCUAACAUUCUGGUUGGCGAUAGCCUGGUGUGCAAGAUCGCUGACUUUGGCCUGGCCAGACUCAUUGAGGACAAUGAGUACACUGCCCGACAGGGGGCAAAAUUCCCGAUCAAGUGGACGGCUCCUGAAGCAGCUCUGUAUGGGAAGUUCACCAUUAAAUCUGAUGUCUGGUCUUUUGGAAUCCUGCUUACGGAGCUGAUCACUAAAGGCAGAGUUCCAUAUCCAGGGAUGAAUAACAGAGAGGUACUGGAACAAGUGGAGCGAGGCUACCGGAUGCCGAGUCCCCAGGACUGCCCGAGCUCUCUUCACGAGCUGAUGGUUCAGUGCUGGAAGAAGGACGCGGAAGAGCGGCCCACCUUUGAGUACCUGCAAGCCUUCCUCGAGGAUUACUUCACUGCAACCGAACCUCAAUAUCAGCCCGGAGACAACCUCUAAACCCAGCCUCCUGGGCUCAUCCUCCCUGGGCCGUCUCAAGUGGCCCUCCAGACCGGAGGCAUGUACAGCUUCAUGAGUUCACCUAAGCUUUUGUUACUCCCCUGCGGCUCCACACACACGAGUCGACUGAAGACUGAAACGAUUGCACAGACUUUCAACUUGAGGGGUGUAAACACGAGCGAGCUGGGGAGGCGAACAGGAGGAAUUGUGGGUGGAAAGGCUUUUGUUCUGAGUUGUGGCCAUACCCAUUAUAAUGAUAUGAAAUGAUGCCUGUAUUCAGUGUAAAUAUGAGAUGCCUGUUUAAGGUCUAGUUUGUUUUCAUUCAGGUUUUUUGUUUUGUAAUCCCCACUAAUUUUUUUGUGUUGCUUUGCAAAGAAGCAGUUUUGGACAUCUAUGAAGGGUUUAGGUGCGUAUCAGUGCAUAAAACGAGUGUUGAAUUUGAGAAUGUAUGUGCUUUAUUCGUUUUCUGCUUUGCUGGCGAGGUCAUGUUCCAAAUGGAGAAAUAAGAAUUCAGUCUUUAUUAUUCUAGCGGUUCUAAAAUAUCUCAACCUGCAGUUGGUUUCUCAAAAUUUCUUAAUUUUUUUUUUAUUUGUUUUAUAUUACUUAAGAUACUAAAUUGAAUUGACACCCUCUCCAAAUGAUUAGAUGUUAACCCAAUGUAACAAAGAAUUAUUUUACCCAUUUUUGUACUUCUAGCCAAAUGUUAAAGACUGCCAUACAUCAGCAUAUCUCCACAGAGAAAAUGCAUCAUUUAGUUUUCCAGCUAUUUCUGAGUAUAGAUGUUUUUUGUUUGUUUGUUUUUUUGGCCUGUUACCGCAUACUUGCAUUUAGUAUUUUAAAGGAAGUUACCAAGAAUGUUUGAAUCCAAUAUUCAAAUCCAACAUCCUGUUUUCUAGGGAUUGAAACAUACUUUACAUGUAUGUGUUUCUGGAUGUACUGUAGCUACUGUAGUACAUUUAAUUCGAGUUACUGCCAGGAAACAUUUGAGAAACUCUUUCUACUUUCAUUUUUCUCUUUCAGAAUCUUUUAGCGAGAUUCUCUUUGAUUCUCUUUAGUUAAUACUGUCAUGGAGGAGCAAACGUUUAAAGAGAAUCUUGCUAAGUCAGAGGUAAAGUUAGCUAAACUUAUGUAGGCUAUUGUCAGAAAAAAAAGUUUUUUUGUUUGUUUUUUUUUGUUUUGUUUUUUUUUUUACAUUUUUUGAAGUACAACAGCAUGUCACUGGGGCUGUACCCUCAAAAGAACAGCUUUGUACCUUAUCUACCCCUGUUUUAGUAUCUCAAAGUAUGUACCUUUAAAGUGCCCCUAUUAGGGAUUUUUUUUAAAAGACCUUUCUUGCAGUGUGUAACACAGCUCUGAGUGAAUGAAAACAUCCUGCAAUGUUUCCCCGGUCACGCUGUACACAAAACAGCACUGCGCUCACAAACGCUGGUUUAUCAGGCAUUACAGGCCUGAUCCAAUCUGACCAAUCACCACGGAUUAGUGUCACAAAAAGGAGGGGUUUGGAAAAAUUAAUCAUUGAGCGAAUCGUUUGGGAGACUUUGAGCAAGUAAGGUAAAAAUAAAUGCGUAUUAUAAGACAAUUAAAGUAUUUAUUAAUUUUUUUGACCUUGCAUGCAUGUCAACCUGUUGUUGGGGACUCCCAAAAUCAAAAUAUGAACCUUUCAUAAGCCAUAAUAGGGGACUUUAAGGUACUACUACUGUUUAGGUCCAAGUAAUGUAUAAAUGUUUCCUGCUGAGGAUACGCUCUUGAAUUUGUUUAUGAUAUUUAGACAUGACUGCCAGUCUGAAACAUAUUUUGAGAAAUGUGGUUUGUCAAGUCACUGACUGAGUAAGCAAAGCAGAUGUCUUUGGUUUCGGACACAGCCUCAUUCAAUCAGACCUCCAUAGCUGCUCUCUAUUCUCAUGUGCUGUUUAUUAUGUUAGGACGCUUUUCAAAUGUAUUUGUUUCCAUGUAUUUUAUUUAAUCUAGCAUAAGUCUAUGUGGAACUGUUUGGAUUUGGAUCAAGGGAACACUCAAACGUACCAUUUCCCUUGUUGGUUUGUACAGUGCUCAUCAGAACGUCUUUAAACCCCUCUCCUGCAUUUCACUUGCUUUGACAGUAUUCUAAGUGUCAGUAAGCACCUAAAAAUUACCAUUCCCAUUUUUUUUACUUGCCAUUUUGUUAACAUUUCCCAUUUGGAAAUAAAAAAUACAAUAUUUUACACUCUUUACAA